AUGUCGGGUCUUUCUGUGGCGUAUUAGCUGGAAACCUGGGAUAUUUCCACGGCUGCCCAAUAUCGGUAUCGGCGACACACUUUCGGGCUGCAGGCUCUGGAUACGGCCAUGCACACAAUCACACGACUACGGGCUACUACAGCAUGCCGUGUCCGGAUUCGCGGAACCGGUUACCUCAACUCACAUUUCGGGCACGGUCUUCCUUCCUUUAUAUUUAGUAUCAUACAGCCUCAUCCUUAAGCUUUGCAACCAACGUCUGAUUCCAAAAUGACUUCCUUGUCUCACAAGACUUACGCUGAGCGUGCCUCCAUCCAUCCAAAUUUGGUGGCUCGUCGAUUCUUCGAAACCGCUGAGGCUAAACAGUCCAAUCUGAUGGUCUCUGCCGAUUUCACGUCGACCGAGGCUCUGCUUCAUUGCGCUGACACAUUGGGCCCGUAUAUGGCAGUAUUGAAGACUCAUGUCGAUCUGAUUCAUGAUUUCGGACCGGCUACUGUGGAAGGCUUGAAGACGCUGUCGAAGAAGCAUAAUUUUAUGAUCUUCGAGGACCGAAAGUUUGUCGACAUAGGCAAUACGGUACAGAAGCAAUAUCAUGGAGGUGCUCUGCGGAUCUCCGAGUUCGCCGACAUUGUCAAUGUUAGCAUCCUCGGAGGAGAAGGCAUUGUCGAGGCAUUGUCCCAGGUCGUGGCGGCACCUGACUUCCCCUAUUCAAAGGAACGGGCCUUCAUCAUACUCGCGGACGUGACCUCUAAAGGUAGUCUGGCCACUGGAUACUAUACACAAAAGUCCGUUGAGCUCGCUCGAUCUCACAACGACUCCUUUAUCGGCUUCAUCGCCAUGAAGUCUCUUGCCGACGUGGAAUCCGCAGUGCCCGAGUUUCCCAAUGAAGACUUCAUCAUCUUCACAACGGGCAUCAACCAGGCCACCAAGGGAGAUAAGCUUGGCCAGCAGUACAAGACACCAACUCAAGCCGUGCAAGGAGGGGCUGAUUUUAUCAUCGCAGGGAGAGGCGUUUACGCUGCUCCGGACCCCUGUCGCAGCUGCUAGGUCCUAUCGGGAUGAGGGUUGGAAGGCAUAUUUGGAGAGAGU